CAGCUCCGGUGGCUCGCCUUCCAGCGACUUGUUGUUUGUUGGCCAGCGCCUUUCAAGGGCCGCUACUUGCGCCAGCACUCAUGGCGAAAGUGGUCAAGGUGGCCUUGGUGGGGCUUGGCCGUGCUGGCGAAUUCCACCGACAGUCCAUGCUGGAGCUGCCCCAUUCGGUGCACCUCACCUGGGUGGUGGACAUUGACGUGCAGAAGGCCCAGCGUGUGGCCGCGGAGGUGGGGUGCCGAUGGUCCACCAGCCUGGACGAGGUGCUGGAGGCGGUUGAUGCGGUGAUUAUCGCCUCAACGACCGACACACACUUUGCUUACAUUAUGAAGGCGCUGACCGCCGGCAAAGCUGUGCUUGCUGAGAAGCCGAUCUCUCACGAGCUCCAUGAGGUGGCGGAGGCUGUGAACUUGGCCAAGUCCAAGAAUUUGGCCUUCGUUUGCGGCUACCAGCGGCGCUUCGACACGCACUUCCGGGAGCUGAAGCGGCAACUGGACGCGAAUGCAGUGGGCAGCUUGAAGCUGAUCAAGACCUGCAGCCGCGACAACCCGGUGCCCCCCCUGGAGUACCUCCGCACCUCCGGGGGAAUCUUCCAUGACAUGCUGAUCCACGACUUCGAUAUGCUGGACUUUCUGAGCGGCGGCCAGGAGCCAGAGGCCAUCACAGCCACGGGCCACUGCUACCAUCCGGAGAUCAAGAAGAUGGGUGACGUUGACACGGCGGCCGUGCUUUUGAAGUAUCCAAGUGGCCUGAUUGCCAUGGUGGACACGAGCCGUGACGCAUCCUAUGGCUACGAUCAACGUAUUGAAGCAUUUGGGGAAAGAGGCAUGCUCACCGCCAAGAACGCGCUGGUGAGCAACGUGGAACUGGCCACGGCGGAGGGCCAUUUGAUGCCCCCGGCCAUGUACAGCUUCCCGCAGCGCUACAUCCAGGCCUACCGCUCUGAGCUUACGGAGUUCAUCGAGUUGGUGCAGGCGGGCCCGCAAAGCCAAAGCCACGUGGCAGAGCAGCAGGCGAUGCUGCGGCACCCCCGCGUGGUGAAGGCAACCAUCGCAGCGGAGAUGUCUUGGAAGCGUGGGGAGACUGUGAAGGUGGCACAAGUAGAGUCAAUGCUGCAGUGCAACGGCAGCCCUAGCAAGAAGACGCGCCAUACGUAGGACGUCAGUGGCCCGGGGCUUUUCUUACCGCCAUCGGCAAGUCCUGGCCACAAGAUAUUAAUCAGCAGUCCGAGCUGAGAAUAGGAGACAAUAGAAAGUGCCGUCCGUGCACUUUCUUACAUGGGCAGAUCCCCUUUGCACCAGGUUUUGCUUUUGGCCCAUGUCAGCCAUUUAAGUGGGCAGGACUUCAAUGUGGACGACUCCUUCCAAUUUUCAGAUUGAUCCUGUAGAGAGAGAAAGAGACAGCAUUGAGAUGACUGCAUGUGACAGUCAGCUUUUCCAGCUUCGUUUUGGCAUGUUGAUUUGCAUUGGCAGUGGAAUGUAUGCAUUGAGUGCUUCGGCUGCGGAGCCAGUCUGCUCAGUUGGCAGAGCCACGAGCUUGAAAAGUGUGCAUGAGUUUGAUCCCUCAUUUUCUGGUGCUUGGCAUCAGGCACUCUCUUUCUUGCAGGUAGCGCAGUGUGUUGGUCCCUGCAUUCGACAUAUUCGACCCAAAGCUGCUUUCCGAGUUUCUGUUGUUUGGGA